AUGGCGUCCCCGGAGGAGCCCACGACCAACGGCGGCAGCGCUGCCGCGGGAUACAAGCGAGCGAGCCGCAAGGGAGCGCCGCGCCGUUUCACCUGCGAGCACCCGGGCUGCGACAAGAUAUACUCGCGGGCCGAGCACCUGCAGCGCCACCAACUGAACCAUAACCCCAAAGAGAUAUUCCGCUGCGACAUUGGCGACUGCGACCAAAAGUUUGUGCGCCUCGACCUGCUGGCGCGCCACAAGAAGCGCCAUACCUCGUCUUAUACCCCGCGCAACAGGAUACCAAGCUUCGACGCCCCGGGCGAGCGGACGAGAAUAUCGACGGCCCACGUAAAGGCGCGCCAAAAUGGGCACACAAGAGGCUCCUUCUCCCAUCAUCACCCGCCGCCGUCGGCCGGCCCGCACGAUGCUGCCAUCCUCCUGACUCCCGACUCGAACACGGCCGCAACACCAGCGCCGCUGCAACAUCCGCUCUCCGGCAGGGCUGCCGGUCCCGGCGCCACUUGGACGUCGCCCAUAGAUGAGCGCGCGCCGACCAGCAUGAUACCUCACAGACAGAGCUUUUAUGAGGGCGACACGGCGGCGUUACCAGAGCCUUCCGCCAUGGUCGCAUUCUCCAACGUUGCAUACCCCGCGGACGACCACCUGGCUCAAGGCAACUUUGCCGCCUGGUUGUUUGAUCCGCAAACUACCUACAAUGACUUCAGUGUCGCCAGUCUUCCCUUCCUUGAGGGUGGGCUGGAGUCGACCUUUAACAACAACAUACACUACGACUACGAGUCGUUAAACAGUCUCUCUCCGAUGGAGCAGACCGCCCGUCCAUCUGAUGCGUGCGACGACUGGAUCACAGAGUCCCGUCGGCAAGACCUUCUGUACUGGAUCCAGGUAUUCCGCAAGAAGCAGCCUCGGUAUGAGACCCUCAUGCCCAAUCUUGUGCAGGAGAGCGGCGGCGAUCUCCCCGCACUCAACGUCGACAUGAUGCGAGACUGUCUGAAGGAAUUCUGGGACAAUGUGUCACCACGGCUUCCUAUUAUACACCAACAUACCUUCUCCGCAAACCGAUGCCCUAUAUUCCUUCUGCUCGUCAUGAUCUCUCUCGGCGCCGCGUCUCUACGCAGCAGGGACAACAGCGGGCGGCUGUCCGAGUAUGGCGCAUUUGCCGACGUCAUCAUCGCAAGUGUUCGGUGGGAGAUUCUCACAUCCGACGACUCGGCGCCGCCCAUAGGCUUGUGGGUUGCUCAAGCGUUGCUUCUACUAGAGUUUUAUGAGAAGCUGUACACGUCCAGAAGAUUGCACGAAAGGGCACACAUUUACCAUUCGGCCUUCUUGACCCUACUUCGCCGUGGAAGUCCGUUGAUAGGAAGAACGGGCAGCGAAUCACCUCCAGAAUCGGACGGCUUGGGUGCAGAGCGCGACGCGCCGAGCAUGGCGCUCGAUUCCCGAACCUGGUGGAUACGCUGGGCUGAGACGGAGUCCAUGCAUCGGGUGGUGUUUGCUGCCUUCAUGCUCGACAUAAUACACGCCGCAAUGUUUGGCCACACGGCUGAUAUGGCGGCCCACGAGAUUCGCCUGCCGUUGCCGUGUGACGACAACCUCUGGACGGCGAGCAGCCCGGACGUCGUGCGUCAGCUGGAUGCCAACUUCCGCAUGUACGGCGUCAAGCAAGUUUCUUUCUUGGACGGCUUGAAGAGUGCAUUGCACGGCAAGGAGGUCAAGACGCAUUCGUUCGGGCGCAUGAUUAUUAUCUCGGGGUUGCUGAGCGUGGGCUGGCAUCUCAGUCACAAAGAGACGCAUCUCAAAUGGCUGGACCUGCGAACCCCCUCAACAGAGACCCAGGAUAACUGGCGCAAGAUGCUCCUCAAAGCGUUUGGGAACUGGAAGGAAAGCUUCGACGUGGCCAUGUCUGAUUCCAUUACGGACGCGCCUGGACACCGACCUGUUCCGAACGGGCCGAUCAAUAGUGCCUCGCUUCUCUUCCACCUCGCGCACAUCAGUCUCCACGCCGAUAUCGUGGACUGCCAAGUCUUCGCGGGCGCAAAACGACUCCUCGGACGCAAGGUCUCUGCGAGAGAUUACACCAACGCCGUCAAACGAAUGAGCGCGUGGGCCAAACAGGCAUCGACACGGCAUGCGAUCCUCCAUGCCUUCAAGCUGCUCUAUCGUGUGCUGGUGGACCCCCACCCAACUCGGCGUCGCAACAACAGCAGCCCGCACUCUCCAGACUCACCAGCGGUGCAAUACUCGCUGCGCAACGAGACCGACCCGCACCGACCAUGGAUCAUGUACUACGCCGUAUUGUCCGUGUGGGCGUUCGUUCAAGCGGUUGGCCGACCGCCGGGCAAGGGGUUCCCCUUGCGACCGUCGCAAAUGGGCCAGAGCACCUACGCGCGCAUGGCCGAGUACCUAUCCGGCGUGGCGAUGCUGCCGGAGCUGGAUGAGGCGACGGCGGCGAUGCUGCACGAGGGUCUGCCGGAGCUUUUGGAUGUAAUGGAGGGCAUCUUGGAAGAGGCGGACACGGAGUUGUUGGUGGAGGCUAGAGAGAGACUCAGCGUGUGCAGGGACAUGCUUCUCGGGGGGGCGAGGCGGACGGAUUAA